AAAGAUAUCAUUUAUAUAUUAUAUACAAUUAGUAUAUCAAAAAAUUGGCCUCUACACAAAAUUGCGCGGAAAAACAUUUAUUUAUAUGUAUAAAUGCUAUCGAAAAAAUAUAUACUCCGUAGAAGUUUGACAGUUGGGCCUAUUCAAAUUGAACACAAGCAACAUACCCCUUUGCAUAUGUUUAUGUAUUCAUUAGUAGGGUAUGGGUAUGAAGAUUGUAUUAAGUGCCAUGUGUUUUUAGCGGUUUCUUCUAAUUGCUUUCUUGCUUCCAUGGGUAAACGUGUGGUCAAGGUGGUCAGUUUACUCGCAGUUCACUUAUAAUUUUUCUAACUUGUUAAUAAAUCUUUGUGUACAAAAACUCGACACUUUGGUUGUGACACUACUGAAACUUUACAGAACGGUUGACAUUUGCAGAUAUUUACAUAAUGAGCGAGGAGUUAAGUUGACGUACUGCUUUAUUUGAGUUGGUUCAAAAGAUGUUCAGCUAGAUUUGGAAUUUUAGUUUGACGUCAUUAAGCUGAUUAUUGACUGAUAAUUGAUCUUGCUUGUAAUAUUCGACCGGAAAUUAUCACACCAACUUACGUAUGCGUACCACAUCCGAUAAUACGUAUGUAAACAUAUGUAUGUAUGCGUGCAUAUAAACCGUGCAAUCGGAAUAUGAUAUUAUUUUACGCAAUGUUCCCAAUGGGGUUUCAAUACACUCAACUUUACUUAUUGGAAUUUCUUACGUUACGUCAAACGAUCUUUCGGAAAAAACUUUAAAUUUCGAACAUUUUUAUACUGCAUUCGUACACACAAAUGAAAGGAAUAUUGGUCGGGUGCGGAAAUCCGUUGCUCGAUAUAUCGGCAACUGUGGAUGACAAUUUUCUGCAAAAGUACGAUUUGAAACCAAAUGAUGCGAUAUUGGCUGCUGAAAAGCAUAUGCCGCUUUACAAAGAGUUAGUGGAGAAGUAUAAUGCUGAAUUUAUUGCUGGUGGUUCCGUGCAGAAUUCAUUACGAGUAUGUCAGUGGAUGUUGCAGAAGCCUAAUACGGCUGUAUUCUUCGGUUGCAUUGGCCAUGAUAGUUAUGGAGAUAUCUUAGAUGAGCGAGCACGAUCGAACGGCGUGGAUGUACAUUAUCAACGCACCAAUGACGCGCCCACUGGUACUUGUGGUGUUCUAAUUACCGGCACACAUCGUUCGUUAUGUGCAAACUUGGCUGCGGCCAAUCAUUUUACCAUAGACCAUUUGCUUACACCCGAAAAACAGAAGCUCGUGGACAAUGCCGAGUAUUUUUAUAUAUCUGGUUUCUUCCUUACGGUUAGCCCGCCAAGCAUUCAGCAUAUUGCCCAACAUUCGCACAAACAUAAUCGCACUUUUCUUAUGAACUUGAGUGCACCAUUCUUAUCGCAAUUUUUCAGUGAACCAUUAAUGGCUGCAUUACCUUACGUGGAUAUACUUUUCGGAAAUGAAUUGGAAGCGGAAGCAUUCGCAGCUGCUCAAGGUUGGGAUGACAAGGAAAUGAAAGAGAUUGGAAAGAAAAUGUUGGCUUUACCUAAACAGAAUUCCAAUAGACCACGUAUAGUGGUCUUGACACAAGGUCAUUUACCUGUAUUGCUCAUACAAGAGCAUUCCAUUGAAGAAUUUCCAGUAGAACGAUUGGAGCCCAACGAAAUUGUCGACACAAAUGGUGCUGGUGAUGCAUUCGUUGGUGGUUUUUUGGCACAGUACAUACAAAAGAAGCCACUGAGCGUCUGCAUACGCUCAGGAAUAUGGGCAGCACGACAAAUUAUCCAGCGUAGUGGCUGCACGUUCGACGGUUUACCUUAUUUCAAGGAAUAAUUAUGAAUACUAGAAAGAAAUCAAUAAAAUCGCGAAUUUGUUUAUAUUAAUUAUAUUCGAUUCGCAUGCUUCGAAAAAAAUAUUUUUAUACUACUUAAAAACCGCGUACGAAUUAUUGUCCUGUUGAUUACCUAAGGUCUAUUACAAACGCUAGCACUUAACAAAGACGAAUUUAAAUUGCAGCAAAGCAAUAAAAUUUCAAUAAUGAGUAAUUUUUAUGGCAAUACGCUUGAUGCUGCACAAAAAUUCAUUGUUCUUCAACAAAUUAUGAAAGUUAACCAAUAAAAAUUUAAAAAGAAGGCAAUUAAAAACUUUUGUAGGUACAAAUACAUAUGUUUGUAUCUUGUUUCUGGGCUUUCUCUGGGUUAUUUCCCUAUUUAUCAUUUGUUAUUACUAAUAUGGGUGUAGGGAAAUAGUAACGUGUACUAAAAAUGUUUUAUAAAAUCCUUUAAUAUGUUUUUGUUAAUAUUCUAUUGUAAAACUAAAAUUAUACAGACAAUAAAAAACCUUUUUUUAAUUUGGAAAUGUAUCAAUAAUGAAAAAAAAAAUUAACUACGGUAAGACUCGCUUAAUGUGAAACAGUGCUAAACGAUGAUAUCUUAACAUGUAAAUAAUUGAGAUAAGUAUUAAAUUUAAUAAUUAUAUAAAAAAAUAAAAACAAAUAUUUCUUACAAAAAUAAAAACAAUAUUAACGAACAUGCUUAUAAACACA